CUUGAAGUCCGAAGGUGCACAAAGGCCCAACAUAAAACAGUUAAACCCUAGCAUCGCCAGCACUUCUAGGGUUUUUAAUUCACUCUCUGAGUCUGAGUAGUAAAAUCUUCCGCAUUUCUUUUGUGUGGCAACAGAACUAUCAGCGGACACUGCAACCAUGGUGAAGUAUUCUAGGGAACCAGACAACCCCACCAAAUCAUGCAAAGCUCGGGGCUCUGAUCUUCGAGUCCACUUUAAGAAUACAAGAGAGACUGCUCAUGCAAUUCGGAAGUUGCAUUUAGCCAAGGCUAAAAGGUACUUGGAGGAUGUUAUGGCACACAAGCAAGCUAUCCCAUUCCGUCGUUUCUGUGGUGGUGUUGGGCGAACUGCACAGGCAAAAAAUCGUCAUUCAAAUGGACAAGGGCGCUGGCCUGUUAAAUCUGCAAAAUUUAUCCUUGAUUUGCUCAAGAAUGCAGAAAGUAAUGCAGAGGUGAAAGGUUUAGAUGUUGAUUCACUCUACAUAUCUCACAUCCAAGUCAAUCAAGCACAGAAACAACGUCGCCGCACUUAUAGAGCCCAUGGAAGGAUAAAUCCUUAUAUGUCCUCGCCAUGCCACAUCGAGUUGAUUUUGUCAGAAAAGGAAGAACCUGUUAAGAAAGAGCCUGAGACUCAUCUGGCUCCUGGGAAACCGAAGGCUCAAGCCCUACGCGGUGGACCUUCCUCCUGAAGGCAAGCGGUAAACUGGUCCUGAAAAUUGGCACCAUGCAAACAUUUUUGCCUUUCUUAUCUUGUGAAACAGUCACACUCUUGAGUUUGUUUUCUGAGAUGUUUCUUCUAGAUCAUAUACCUAUUUAGAAUGUACUGUACUAUAAACUGAACCCCCGCUUUGCAACUGGGGUGCAAAGAUUGGAGCACUGAAAUCUUUCUAUGGAAUUUUGUUAUUUGUUGGA